GGGGUUCGCCGCGGGCCGGGCGGGAGGAGCCGCGAGGGGCGGCAGGCGGAGCCCCGGCCGGGCUCGUUCCGCUGCCCUGCCGCAGCCCGGCCCGGAUCCCACCCUGCGCCGGUACCCCCAGCCAUCCACUCUCGGACCUCCGGCAGCGCCCCCCGGGAGCGAAGCGGGGCCGGGCUCUCCUCUGCCUGCCAGGGCGGGGCUUGUUCGUCGUCCCCGGUCCUGGCGGAGAGGCCCUUACGUGUUGCCAUGGCCGAGGGGGCCGCGGCGGCCCCGGCGUGCUUCAGCGAGGAUGAUUUUUACUGCCCGGUGUGCCAGGAGGUGUUCAAAACGCCCGUGAGGACCGCCAACUGCCAGCACGUGUUUUGCAGGAAGUGCUUCUUGACAGCUAUAAGAGAAAGUGGAACACAUUGUCCUCUCUGCCGGGGGAGCGUGACUAAAAAAGAAAGAACAUAUCCCAAAAGGGCUCUAGAUGUUGAAAACAGUAUGAAGAAAGCUUCUGGGGGCUGUAGAUGCUGUGAGAAGCAGGUUAGAUUUUCAUGGAUGAGACAGCAUUAUAAAACGUGUAAGAAGUAUCAGGAUGAAUAUGGUGUUUCUUCAAUUAUUCCAAACUUACAGAUUUCCCAAGAUGCAACAGGGAACAGUAGCAGGAGUGAUAUGAUAUCUGAUACUGGCGAGAUGGCUAAUAAUCAAAUACUUCAAGGAGAAACAAGUGGACACCCAACCUUCAAAUGCCCCCUGUGUCAGGAAGCCAAUUUUACUAGACAGCGCUUGCUGGAUCACUGUAAUAAUAGACAUCUUUAUCAGAUCGUUCCUGUGAUCUGUCCUAUUUGUGUAUCUCUUCCUUGGGCAGAUACUAACCAGGUUACUAGAAAUCUUGUUAGCCAUCUAAAUCUAAGACAUCGAUUUGACUACGGAGAAUUUGUGAAUCUUCAGCUUGAUGAAGAAGCCCAAUACCAAAAUGCAGUUCAAGAAUCCUGUCAUGUGAACUUUUAAAGUAGAGCCCCCUUCAUCUUCAUACUGAUUAUCUGCGAGAAAAAUUACUUUAUUCUGUUGGUGAUCCAAAGGGUAUAUUAAUAAAAAUUGUUCAGUAACCACUUUUCGAGCUAAGCUUCUUUUCACGCUCAUAAAGACUUCUGAUAAAUGAUUUUAUUGAAACUCAGCCUUGACAUCUUGACUUGAGUUCUGCCCCUGUGGAAUUAGGGACAUUUUUGGAACUUCUCACUCUUGUCUUGAUUUUCUCUAACUUUUACUACUCUUAUUAAUUACAUGUUCAUAUGAUUAAUGUAGGAUGUUUUAAUUCACCAAAACCAACUUUGAAAGUAUCUCUAGAAAGACAUGUAGUGAUGCUCUGUUGGGGUUCUUCAAGUUCAGCUGUCUUCUAAGGUGUCUUACAAGAUGAUAAUUUAAUUUUUUUUCUCUUCCUGCUGAGGACAGGCAUUUGUCCUUCCAAGAACUAAUUUUAUUUUGAUGUUGUGAUUUGUUUUUUACUAUUCCUAUGUGACUGAAAAUAACAUCUUAAAAUAUUAAAAUAUUUCUUUUCUAUAGAUCAACAAUGCAGAGCAGGGCUUUUUUCACCUUUCAUUGAGAAAGAAUGAUGCCAUUGCCUAGGAAUAACUAAAUUUGUUUUUUCCUCUUUGGGAAUAACUAAAAUAGGAUGCUUGCUUACUAAUGUGAUGAGUGAAGAGUAUUCUCUGUACUCCUAACUCCUAAGGAAGAUUACAUAUUUUCUGAGCAAGUCAAGAUGACGUGCAAAAAGGUAUACUUUUUUGGCCUAUGCCUGUGACAAGAUUUUACUGGAGCUUUUUAAGAACUUGUGGUCUUGCAUUUGAAAGUUAAGUUUUGGUCUGUCCUGUCUUUCAUGGAAGGCAACAACUAAACUGGCUUCACACCUACCCAAACUUUUAUUUUUGUAAAGCUGUUUAAAAACUGUACAUCUCCUGCAUCCAAAGGUUUCUAAAAGCAGUUAAUGAGAAAGAAACUUACUCUAAAAUAGUUACCAACAUAUUUUAACAGUUCCUGUUCCAGAUUUCCACCUUCCCAACAAGAGCAUUGUUAAAAUUGGAGAAAAUAGUAAUAAUGCAAUUUUGAAUCUAAAUGGAAAAUCCAUUUGUAAAAACUUUGAAGAUCUUUUAUAUAAUGCUAAAAGGGAGAAGGGGAAAGAAGGCUGCACAGCAUACUUUUCAAAAUUUUAAAUAGUGUUCUGAACAUACAGCUGUUAGGACUGACUGCAUUCUGUUUCCAUUACCCAUUAUCAAGCUAUCAUUAUUAAUGAGCAUUGCUUAUGUGGUGGAAAACACCCCCAGUAAUUUUCUUAGUCUAGAUGGUAAUUUAUAUGUAGUAAUAUCAGUUGUGCAGCCAAAGUACAGUCUGCUUCUCGUGCCCUGCCUCCCUGUUACUCUCCAAAUAGAGGUUUUGAUUCUUUAAAUGCUGAGGUAUUUCAUAUUCCAAAACUGGAAUUUGAAAGGUUGAACUGCCUCAGUUUACAAUGUAAUAUGUUUCAGAACUGCAAGUUCUAAUUUAUUGAGUGUUGUAACUAACCCACUAUACAUUUUAGCUUUACUUUUCUAUCUUAAUUUUUUUAUGAGAGUAAAACAUUAUUGAAGGCAUUGCUGGCUAAAAUUCAGAGCAAAUUGUCUAUUUCAAAAAACUUCUCUGAAGGUUAUAUCCUUUUAUAACAACAUUUUUUGCAUUUUUUACCAUCUCACUACAGUAUUUUGACAGCAGACCACACUUGGAACUUGUAUUCCAGUUCCUUAUUUGCCCCCAUACACGUCUGUGUAUUCUCACUUGUCUGUCAGCUCUAGUGCAUGUGCAACCACAUACUGAUUUGGAGUGGUUCACUGAGCCAACAAAAAAAAGAUUCAGAUUUUUAAUUUUGCUCUGUAAAGCCAACUAUGAAACAGUGCCCUUAAACGUCAAGGUACCUGAUGCUGAAGUUUUACCUUUUUAAAAUAAAAACACAUACUAUGGUGAUUUAUUACUGCAUAUGUUUCCCAAGGAGUUUAACAGUUACAUAUAAGUUUAGCUAACUUUUUUAGAUUCAAUAAAAUGUUUAUAUGAUCUGGCAAUAAAUGCCUACAGCCAAUACAGAUUCUGAAUGCCUCAUGGACACUGGAACUAGUUAUUUCUAUUACUUGAAUAUAUCUUUGGGAAUUGCAAAUGGAAUGACAUCUGUUUUAAAACUCUGGGAAGCAAUUUUUUCUAUAGCAAUAAUUAGUUGUCACUUGAUGAGCAUUUUAGUCAUGUUUAAAUGUUGAGAGACUUGAAUACACAUUUUAAAGCAACAAAUGUGUAUUAAUGCAAUACAAAAAGAACUUCCAAAACAUUUAUCCUCUUUAUUUAAAAUUUGUAUUGGCAGGUGCUGCCUUGCUUAAGAUUUUGUACUUUUAAUAUUAAGAGAUUGCAUCCAAUACAUUCACUAGGUAAGCAUUUAAUGAAAAUUAAACUAUCUGAAUAUGUUGCUGCUGGUCAUGAUCUUUCUCACUGAAACUCAGACAUGUGCAAAAAGCUGUGUAUUUGUGAUGGGGAUGCCCAAAACAUGAAAUCUGUACUAGAAGAUUGCUUCUUAACAAUGUUUUCAUGCUCCUGUUGCAUUAUGUAUGGUUUCAGUACGUUAUGUUUGAAUUGUACCUUCUGGGUUUUUUCCUAUUAAAGUAUUUUAUUUUCUAUUUGUCUUUUUGUUGAAUAAUAAAGAUGAUCAGUUUCCUUGGUGCUA